AUGAACGCCGAUGAGUCGCAAGAGAUUUUGAGGAUCACCGGCCCGAACAUGUGCAGCUUCAAUUGGUGCUGUAAUUGUUGUGCGGACAAGAUUUUCGAUCUGGAGACGCCUGAUCGCCAAUUAAUAAUUUCAUUGCUGAUCCCAAUUGAUUUGGACGCAAAAGCAAAAGGAACACUGCUUGGCGCCACGUUCUUAAUUGACUUUCUCGCUUUUGAAAACAAUCAAAAUCAACAAAAAAGU